GGAUUGAUAUUUUAAUAAAAUUUUGAUAAAAAGAAAUAAUCAUGCUUCAUUAAAUGCAUGUUUGUCCAUUCUUACUUUCUCACACAAACUAUCAUUAAUAACUGAAGUCUAAGAUAACAGGUUUUGAUCUUCUGUACAGGUUGCAGGAAAAUGUAGAUCAGUGUGAGAACAGCAGCCUUUAUCUGUGUGACCUUGAAAGAAAGUUAGAGGAUAAAUUUAAUGGACAAGAAAUUGGCAGAGCUAUUCAGCAUGUUUUUGGUAAAAUAGUAGUUAAAACUGUAAGAAAUAAAAGCUAUUGGUUAAAGUUUACCAAACAGUAUUUUGGUCUUACCUGGAAAAACAAAUGUAUCAACAAUGAAAACACUACAUGAUGCUGAGGAAUCUGUUAAUGAUAAGACUGGUUUAGUAUCACUUACAGAAGACAACCAUAGAGAUAUGAUAAAGGUUUUAGAGUCAAUCACUGAAGAUGUAAAUAUACCUGAAAAAAUGCUGGUUUUACUCAGGUCCCAGCUAGUGUCCAUGAAACAGAGCCAUUCUAAAUGUAAAUGGGAUCCACAGAUUAUCCGAAUGUGCCUCUCUAUCUACUGUAGAUCACCUAGGGCUUAUCAAGAUUUGGCAAAUAGUGGAUUUCUUGUCCUUCCAUCAAAAAGACAAAUACAAAGGUACAAAAAUAAAAUAGACCAACAAACAGGUAUUUCUAAAUCUAACUUAAAAUGGAUGCUGUCUGAAAUAAAACUGAGAAAAUUACCAGAAGAUGGGUAUGAGGGUGGACUUCUUAUGGAUGAGAUGGCCAUUCAAGAAGAUAUACAGCUUAAAAAGACUGGUGAUGAGUUUGAAAUAGUUGGGUUUGUGGAAUGUUGUGAUGAGACAUUAUACAUGGACAGGCUUAUGGGAAAAACUGACCUUAAGAUGGCUACUCAUGUUUUGCAAAUUCUAUUUCUUGGGAAUACAGGUUUUCGUUUUCCGGUAGGGCAUUUUGCUACUUUACAAGCAAGUCCUGCAGAAAUGUACUUGGUAUUUUGGGAAGCAGUCAAGAUGUUAGGAACGUUUGGUUUCACUGUAACAUAUAUAAGCCUGGAUGGUGCCCAAAAUAAUAGACUUUUUAUGAAAAUGUUGCUGCCUGAAAAUGAAGUUACCUCUAAAACAAUGAAUACCAUGAAAACCAAAAACAUUUUUGAUCCUACAAAACCAGACAUCUGUAUUAUUAUGGAUUACUCCCAUUUAAUGAAAAAGAUCAGGAACAAUAUAUCUAAAAGUGGGAAAACAGACAAAAAUACAAAACAUCUAAUUUACAAAGGAAAAUAUAUUGUCUGGGAACAUUGGUAUAAGGCUUAUCAGUGGGACACUAGUACUAAUCCACUUAAAGUUUACCACAAACUAACAAAUGAUCACUUCUUUUUAAACCCACAGCUUAAAAUGAGAAAUGCCUUAGCUGAAGAUGUUCUGAAUAGCAAUAUGUUACACCUAAUGAAAAAAUAUCAAGAAUCCCUUCCUGAACAUGAACAAGAUUCCUUAACCAGUAGUAUUGAACUGUUACAAAUGACAUCAAUAUUAGUUAGAAAUUUUCGAGAUCAAAGGCCAAUUUAUGAAUAUGAUGACUCAAGACUUGCUGAAAAUAAAAAUGUGUUGUCCUGGUUCCGCAACUGGGAGGCUGAGGAAGGUCUCUGUGAAAAAAAUCUCAUUUCGCAUCAGACAAGAGAGGACACUGUAUCUCUGUUACUUGGUUUUAGUGAAUUGUGUAAGGACAAAUUUACUAGGUCUGCAGGGUCAAUUGUUGCCAGUCGAGUAAAUAGUGAUCCCAUUGAAAAUAUUUUCUCCCAGCAAAGGGGUUUGCAUAAUGGUGCAAAUACCAAUCCAAACUUACUUACCUACAAUCGUACACAGAACAAUGUUAUUCUUGGUCAAACUACAAUAUCCAGAAAAAGUAAUACUGGUGGAACUGGUGCUCAAGUGUACAGUGACCAGAGACAACCCCUUAAGUCUAUACUUAAUACCAUGACAGUUGGUAGUGUGAAAAAGUAUUGAUUGGUAAGUAAACAUUAUAUCAUAAUCAAAGGGACACACCUACAAAUUUAUAUCACUUACUUUUAAAAAUUGAGAAAAACUACCUUUUAUUAUUAAUCAUAAAAGGUAACAGAAUGAUUCCGGCUGCCAUAAUGCAUUAAUUAUUCAUAAAACUGUCAUGUAGCCGGUAAAACAUGUGGAAAAUCUCUUAGCAGCAGCUUUAGUCAGGCAGUAAAAUAUAUCAGAAUUAAGUUACUUACAUGUAUUUUAAUCAUAUUAAUAGAAUAUCUACUUUAAUGAUACUUUUUAAGAAAUAUGAUGUUUUCAAUAAAAGCCUCAUUGAUAAAAUAACACUGUGAUGUACAUCUGGAGGCAUGUCC